AGCCCAGGGGAUUGCCUGGCACCGGCUGCAAGGCCCCGCUCCAUUCACAGAAACGCUGGCUCGCUCACUGGCCCUUCCAUUCACACAAACAGCCUCUCAUUCACAUUCUGUCGUUUUUUUGUCUGCUUCUAAUGAAGACCACGGUUUGGGAAUGGUGGGGCUGACUUGCUUCAGAUUGGAGGGGGACUCUAAUCACCAUCGAAAUCGUCUGUGGGGUGCGCAUCUGCUGUUGCUAUGCAAGCUAGGGGAAGGGAAAAAAGAGAGUGCGGGGUGGCUGCUGGGCUAGGGCUGCGGCGCGGUUGGAGAGCGGUGGGGACGCCGUUUGCUGCUCCGGGGCGGGCCAGAGCGCUGCGCUCUUUCGUCCUCUGGAGCCGGCCUCACCCGAGCGCCCGCCAUGGGUGGCGCUCCCUAAACUCCGUUCCUGGGGCUCCCAGAAAACCUGGGAACCUCACAGCCAUCCGAGAUCAGCCCUGGGCGUGAGAAGACUCAGGGUGACCUGCUAGUGUGCUAGAAGGCAAAAGCAUUCGCUGGCACAGAAGUUACCGGGGAAACUUUGACAGCGACUGACUUCCCUGUGGUGCAGGUUAUCUAUCUUAACGCAUGAGGACACCUGGCAGAGGCCACCGAGGAAGGGGUCAGUGGGUCUCAGAAUCUUGGACAGACCUUCCGGGAGGCUGCCGGUGUCCUGUUCUCCUAAACGCCAGGAAGAAGGCCUAUGUGUGUCACUGCAAGCCUGAGCCUGACUCCCAAGGAUGAGGCCGUUCUUGCUGUGGAUUUGAUGGGCAGUUAGAGCAGCCGCAUUUUUUUUUUUUCUGUCUGACCGCAGGGCUGCAAAGCAGCAACUGAAGGGACAUUGGAAUGGAUGGAUGGUGUUACUAAGGCGUGCUUCCAGGCCUUAAACACAUUCAGUUGGCAUAGAGCUCAAGACGCAGCCCUCUUUUCUCUUUUCCUGUUUGGCAUGGAUUUCUGGAGCCUGUUGCUGCUCAUCAGAGAAGCACUAUUCCUUUUGGGAAGUAGAUUUUCAACUUAACCCCGACUGAGAAAGGCUGCUGACUGCUGUGGAUGACCAGGGAAGACUUCUUGAGCUGUACUGAGAAGAAGUUCACGUGUAGAUUUGGUUUUUUUUCGUGUGUUAUCCGAGAAAUUGCAUCGCCACAGACACUCAUGGCUGCUCUGUGGAUCUGAACAAGAAAAGCAAACCACGGGAAACUGACGCCCUUUUAAAAUAUUCACCUGACGGGUGGAGGGUUCCCCUCUUUUUCUUCUUACUUAAAAAUUCUUGCUACUUUCCAAAUCAGGAUUCAUCAGGAUUCACCUGAAGACUUCUUAAAAAGCCGUCGUCACAUUUUAACGCAUCGCUGUCAGACACUUCUGGGGCUCACCCACAUGAGCUGAGCAAGGGAAGACAAACCCUAACAUGGAAUAAUGGGGUCUGGAAAGUUCGAGAGAUCAUUUGAAGGAACUGGGGUUACCUUUGGCUCAAAUGUGGGAUGGGGAAAAGGUAGGUGAAGAAACAAAGAUCGGAAGGAGAUAGCUGCGAAGGUAGAGGAAGGAAAUUUGAGAACUGAUUGGCUGUAGUUGCUGUCAGCGGGUGGAUGUCGUUUUUCUUCUCUCUCUCUCUUUUUGCUACAGGAAGUGGUUUGCGGAGCUCACCGAGCCUUUGUUGAGAAGGGUCUCCUCAGAGUGAGUCACGCUUUUGCUGGGAGCAGCCCGGUGCAGCUGGGCGCUCCAUCAGCGGUAACUAUGACUUUUGCAAGGCAAGCGUUCCACCCCAACCCGUGGUCUCCUGGGCCCGCGCUGCGCGUCGGCUGCUCCGCUGCCUUGUAACGGUGUGAGGACUCAGUCGUCGGCCUCGGUGCUCCCUUUCCGGAAAGGCUGUCCUGGGACCCCAGCUCCUUGUCCCGCUCCGGGGCUCGCGGCUAGUGUGCUAUGCGCGGCAGUCCGCGCCGGAGCCGGCACCAGCAGCGCCCGGGCGGAUGCGGCGAGCUCACGGAGGGGCAUGCUUCCACGCACCAAGUACAACCGCUUUAGGAAUGACUCGGUGACAUCGGUCGAUGACCUUCUCCACAACCUGUCGGUGAGCGGCAGCGGCGGCAAGGUCUCGGCGGAGGCGCCCGAGGCGACCCCCUACCUGGUGUCGGGCGAGGCGCUGCGCAAGGCGCCGGACGAUGGGCCCGGCAGCCUGGGCCACCUGCUCCACAAGGUGUCCCACCUGAAACUCUCCAGCUCCGGCCUGCGCGGCCUGUCGUCCGCCGCCCGGGAGCGGGCUGGCGCGCGGCUCUCGGGCAGCUGCAGCGCGCCCAGCCUGGCGGCCCCGGACGGUGGCAGCGCGACCCCCGGGUCCCGCGCCCAGGCGGCCAGCAUGAGCGCCACCAGGAAGAGCCGGGCUGGCGACGAGCCGCUGCCCAGGCCCCCGCGGAGCGCGCCUCACUCCAACGACCAGGUGUUGGGGCCCGGAGUCACCUAUGUGGUCAAGUACUUGGGAUGCAUUGAAGUUCUGCGCUCAAUGAGGUCUCUUGACUUCAGUACAAGAACUCAGAUUACCAGGGAAGCCAUCAGCCGGGUCUGCGAAGCUGUGCCAGGUGCCAAAGGAGCCUUCAAGAAGAGAAAGCCUCCGAGCAAAACGCUGUCCAACAUCUUGGGGAAGAGCAACCUCCAGUUUGCAGGGAUGAGCAUCUCCUUGACCAUCUCCACUGCCAGCCUGAAUCUGCGCACUCCGGACUCCAAACAGAUCAUAGCGAAUCAUCACAUGCAGUCCAUCUCCUUCGCCUCAGGGGGUGACCCGGACACAACAGACUAUGUCGCCUAUGUCGCUAAGGACCCUGUUAAUCGCAGAGCUUGCCACAUUCUGGAGUGCUGUGAUGGGCUAGCCCAAGAUGUCAUUGGCUCCAUCGGACAAGCCUUUGAACUCCGGUUCAAACAGUAUCUGCAGUGUCCCUCCAAGAUCCCCGCUCUCCAGGAUCGAAUGCAGAGUCUAGAUGAGCCGUGGACUGAAGAGGAGGGAGAUGGCCCUGAUCACCCAUACUACAACAGUGUCCCCAGCAAGAUGCCUCCUCCAGGAGGGUUUCUUGAUGCUCGAUUGAAAGCCAGACCCCAUGGUCCGGAUGCAGUCCAGUUUGCAGGGAAAGAGCAAACUUAUUACCAGGGAAGACACUUAGGAGACACAUUUGGUGAAGACUGGCAGCGAGCACCCACCCGGCAAGGUUCCUUGGACAUCUAUAGCACCCCGGAAGGGAAAACACACAUGACUCUUGUAGGAGAGACACCAACCUAUGUCAACACCCAGCCAAUCCCUCCCCAGGCUUGGCCAGCAGCAAGCAGCAGCACCGAGAGCAGCCCACGGAAGGACCUCUUUGACAUGAAGCCUUUUGAAGAUGCUCUCAAGAACCAGCCCCUGGGGCCAGUGCUGAGCAAAGCAGCAUCUGUGGAGUGCAUCAGUCCUGUCUCACCCAGAGCCCCAGAUGCCAAGAUGCUGGAGGAGCUGGAUGCUGAGCCCUGGUACCAAGGAGAGAUGAGCAGGAAGGAGGCAGAGGCACUGCUGCUGGAAGAUGGAGACUUCCUGGUCAGAAAGAGUACUACCAACCCUGGUUCCUUUGUCCUCACAGGCAUGCACAAUGGCCAGGCCAAGCACCUGCUGUUGGUGGACCCGGAAGGCACGAUCCGGACGAAGGACAGGGUCUUUGACAGCAUCAGUCACCUCAUCAACUACCAUAUUGAGAGCAGCCUGCCCAUCGUCUCUGCCGGGAGUGAGCUUUGCCUCCAGCAACCAGUGGAAAGGAAACACUAAGCUGGUCCAGCACCCUCCCCAUGCCUUGUGCCAGGCCAAAGAUGGCUUGCCAUCUAUAAACAACUUCUGUGGAUGGUGACAGCCAGAUUUUAAGUAGGAGGAGGAUAGAAGAAAGAUUGCAAAAGAGAUCAUGUGCCCAGACAAAUCUGUGUGAUGCUAGUUCUUAUGAAACUUUUGAAGUGUUUUCCAAGAAAGACAGUGUAGAUAAACCCCACUCCUGGGACAUAUUGCAAACCUGGAACUCUUGGCUCUGUCUGGGAUAAUGGGCAGGUGUUUCCAAGACAGUUCAACUGUCUUGGAGGGGGCCUUGUUUUUCAGGUGAAGACACUGAGCCAGGCAGUGGAUGGCAAUGAUCAGUGGCUAGAUUUGGGCAAGAAUGCCCGACUUACCAAGGCCUUCUGGGGCUCAAACAUGCAACUCACUCUAUGGAAGUAACAAGCAGUCCAUUUAUCCUUAUAGUUCACAAUUUGAAACACAUGAAGGACUGGGCCAUUUACAUGAGAGAGACAGGACUUGUGGUUGUCUACUUAGCUGGUGUUCUUACAAAAUGGGGCAUCAGAGGGGCUCUGGGUACAUAUAGCUGAUUUUGGAAAUGAUCCCAGGAGUCAGGAGGGAAUUGGCUGAUGAGGAAUGGUUGCAUGGGGAGCAUGCUCCCACCAAGUGUACACGUGGGGCAUCUAUCUGCUGCGGAGUCUUGGAAGCAUAACUGAAUAUACCUGAGAUGGCUAGUGGAGGGGGAGAGGAAGGGGCUCCCCCAGAGCCAGCAUGAGUGGAGGGCUAUCUGCAGUGAUUUCUGUCCCCACCCUGUGCAUACCCGUGCGAGCUCUGCAAGCUGGGACAUUCUGGGGCAGAGGCUGGUGUUUAUAAUAAACAGUCUCAGAGCAGAAGGCAGGCGUAGAAGCAUCAGGCUGCUUAGCCCACACUAAGAUGUCAGGGCUCUGCCCUUGAGCUCCCAGCUCAGGGGGCCUAGAACGAGGAUAGCAUGCUUGCAUUUUCAGCAUGAGGCUAUGCCGAUGCCAGGGGUCUCGGCUUUGACAUUGCCUGGUGAGUCUCCAGCCCUUCCUUGACUCUUACUGGUGACCCCCACUCCCCUACCCAAACCCACCUUGUAUGGAGACUUUUUUUCACACACUUCACAUUAUAGAUCCCAGGUCCAUGCUGUGAAUUUAAAAAUGGAGAAUUAAUAAGUACAACUCCCUGCAACUGUGGCUGGCAGAUAAAAUGCCAUCUGCCAGACAAGAUUUAUUUAUAAUGGGGUUUAUACAUAUUUAUAAGUUUGCAAGCAACAAAUGCACAGUUUUAAAACUGGCACAUUUUAUAGCAGCCAGAAAAAAAAAAAAACAACUUGCAACUUUGUAGCAGGUUUUUCGAGUGUGAACUGCAUGUGUGUAUUAUAUACAUACACAAACUUUCCUUGAUUCAGAUGGAAAGCGUGUGUGUACCCACACGCAGAUCAACUCUGUACUGGGUAUUUUGAGCCUCUGGGGUUUUCUAACACGGACAACCGUAAAUCAAAAUGGCGUCAAGAACUUGGGGCUUGAUAGGCUCUCAUCAGCAGACCCAGGGAACCCUGAGUGCUAUGGAAUGGCAAGACAGACAGAUAUAGUGAUGCAUGUUUGCAGUCAUCGCACUUGGGCAGUAGAGGCCGGAGCCUCAGUAGUUCAGGGACAACCAGGGCUAUAUGAGGCAGUGUCUCAACAGAACUAAACAGAGGGGUGGGAAGCAGUCAGUCGAAGAUAAGGAAGAGCAGAUAAAACAACUGCAGACCCAUGUUUUAUUCUGGCUCCGGCACUGCUCAGGCACAGCCUGACCUGGCUUGCCAGCCUUCCUGGCCACAUUUGAACAUUAUGUCCUAUGCAGCAGGCCCUGGAGGGACUCUUGGGACAGAGAAGGAGGCAUAGGUGCAUCUGCCCCUGCUUAUAAUUUAUUAGGAACCUGACCCCUAACACACACGGGGGGGAGUGGUGGAGUGUGGGAGGCCUUUCAGUGCCGAUGUGCCCACAUCCAGUUAGGUAGGACCCAGGGUCACCACUGAGCUGGGGGCUCUGAAGACUUUGCACAGUAGGUGGCGCUGUGGAGCCUGGGAGGCUGCAAAGGGCGCAAAAGUUGAAGAUGUAACCCUGCAUGGGAACUGCUGAUGCCGAGGGCUGCAGAUAGCCUGCCUUUCCUCUUGCUCAGACAUCCUGGGUGAGUCCGAGACCCUCAGACACACUGAUUCUUGUCUUAGGGUGAGAGAGGACACAGGACAGGAUCAGCUUUGUAUACCCACCGUGCAUGGGGGACCGUCCUGUGGGGUGAACCUUUCAAGGUAUCAUCUCACACUGUACUCACGACAUUUUCCCACAUCCAAAGCCACUGACACUGGAGUCAAGCGACAGCUCCCAAGGCAGGGAUGAAUGGACUAACCAGACUUGGGCGAUGAGUUUCUUUUCUUCCUCCUCUUCUUCUCUCUCUCUCUCUCUUUUUUUAACACUAUGUGUGAGUUGCCAAUUGACUGUUCUCUGUUCAACUGACUUUCAGCUCUAACUUGUUUCAGAGUAUUGUGAAAUUAUGUGAGUUUAUUUGUGUUCAGAAUUAAACAUCUGGUGUUUAAAGACCCCGGAUUUGGAGACAGCUCAGCAUAAAUGUAAUGUGUAACAAGGUAUUUGUUUUUCAAAAGCAUUUGGAUGGUCAUACAUAUUGAUAUAUGAAUAUUUGGAACAUUUUGUUUCUGUUAACUUUUGUGAGACACAGACAAUUGCUAUAACAGCAGUCUGUCUGGGUUUAUUGCCAACCCAAACCUUUCUACUUUGAUACUGGCAUGGAAUUGACUUCCUAAGUCACCUGUGAGGAGCAGAAAUAUAAAACCAAUUUCAAGUUUUCUAAUAUUUUUCUAUGAUAAAACUUAUGUGAUUUGCGAACAUUUGGAGAUCCCACGAUACAACAGGCAAAGGUUAUUGGCUUGGACUGCCUUACCUCCAGGGGCUCCAUCUUACUAUUUCGGGGAAUGGUGUUGCUUCUAGUUCCGUGCCCUUCACCAUGGGCCUGACAGACCACACUCAAGCUUAUGGGAUGACCAAGUAGAGGCAGUAUAUAUCAUCACCUCCCCAUGGCCCAGGUAUGGCAGGUGGCAGGCCAACUACUUUUGACAAUGCUGCUCUUCUUGUUAUUAUUAGGUACUGGGACAUGUGCCUUCAUCAUCUAGACAGCCAUUCAUGCAUUUCGGAUUCCAUAGUAGCCCCUCUGAACCUCUACUUAGACACUAAAACAUUUGGGUGAUGAGGUUUGCACUUGUCCAUACAGUUUCCAAAGCAUGGAAAUUAGGAAUUUUCUAUAAAAUGCACCUUGUUACAUUUCUGCGAAUGGCUCUUUCCCAGCACAGAAUAACCACAGCUCAAAGAUUGAGACAAGUAAGCAUUUUUAAAUAGUUAAUUGUUUCAGUGACUGUAGGUGUAUAAGUCUGUUGGCAAUAAAGGCUAUUGUGAAAAGUG